AUGGUUCAAUACGGAUAUCCAAUCGUUAAUGAAAAAGGACUUCUAACAUGUUACAUUCCUCAUCAACUACGAAAAAUCAAGCUCAAACGGUCAAGAACAAGUUUCCAAAUAUUUGGUAAACGUGAUGAAAUUUUUGAUUGGUUAGAAGAGCACGGCAAUGUUGUAUGCGAAUACAUACAUCAGGAUAGUCAUGAAUAUGAUUUCCAAGAAAACUCAAGAUCUAGAGUACCUGUUACAGAACGUCCAAUGCUCUUAUUUGAGCUUUAUUAUGAUCACGAAUCAAGUCAUAAUAGCUCUAUGAUUAAGAAGAUUCUUCCAUUCAAUGGUAAAAAGCGAAUGAUGAUGGAGAUUAGGCCGUACAUUCGUGGCGAGGAAUAUGAAUAUCAUAAGAAUUUAGUCCGAAGAAAUGCUGGUAUAAGUGGUGUGACCUUACGACAGAUUUUGGAUGUGUGGACGAGUUCUCCCGCUUCACGUCGUCAACGAGCUCAGAGGACGGCGUGUGAUUAUGAAUAA